AUGUCGCCGUACGCCACUCCUCGUGCCUGGCAUGACGCGCAGGUACCGGGCCGGUUCGAGUACUUGCAGGGCGAGCACCGUGUCAUUGACUACUUCUACGUGCGGCGCUGUGUGCUGCGUCAUAUGCCGAUCGAGUUGGAGCUGAUGGUGCAAGCAGACAUUCCUGGUCAAUACCCACGGCUAGAAAUCAACACCUUGCCCCACGACGAUGUCAGCGAUCUGUUGUUGACGUUGUGCAGCCAGCACUCGACAAACCCCACCCACGAUGAGUUGAGUCAGGCAAGCGACCUGCAGGAGUUGCCGAGGCAAAUUUCUUCCUGGAGUCUGGAGCAGGAUCUGAGCAUCAAACUGUUGCAGUUGGCCGGGUUGCCAAAAGAUCACCAACUUCGCAUCAAAUUUACUCUGGCCCACGGUGAUCAGAACUUGGCGCCAGAAUACUUGCUCAACCUGUCGCGUGCUGAAGCAGCCUCAUCCGAUGUGCUGCUGCGCCCUCUUCACCUGCCCAUUCGCGUGCUAUACCCUGGCGCCUUUGACGAUUACAUUGACUCGUCGGAGCUCUUGGUACCCGGCGCGCUCUUGGGGCUUGUCAGUCGGCUGGCUAGUCGGCGGGACGGUAUCAAGCUGAGUGAUAUUAAACAUAAGCGGAAGAAGUUCCGCAAUGCCUUCGUGGGCCGAGACCUGCGUAGACUUAAAGUGGUCGUAGCGGCUGUCGAUCCCGCCCACACCCAGUUCGAGGAGCAGGACGUGUACCAAUUUGGAGCCUUUUGCCGUGUUCGCAGUCGAACCAUCGAUGAGGAUGGGCAAGAGGAUUUGAUGUUGUUUCGCCGCCGCCACGAGUGCAGUCGAUAUCCACGAUUGCUUCCCAAGUUCCUCCAGGCCAUAGCAUGGAAUCAAAGCUGGCAUGUGCGGGAGGCCUACCGGCUGAUACCAGACUGGUUGGCCAACGGCAGUUCAACCAAUGCAUUGCAGCUGCUUCUCUAUCACUUUGCAGACCCCUUUGUUCGGCGCGCGGCUGUGCAAGCACUGGCAACGAUCGGUGACGAUGACUUUGAGUCCUACCUUCUUCAACUCGUCCAGGUGCUACAAUUUGAAAUCUUCCAUGAUUCUGCGUUGGCACGCCUCUUACUCAAGCGCAGCUUAACCAACCGACGUGUGGGUCAAGCCUUAUUUUGGCAUUUGCGUGUUGAGCUUGACAAUCCCGCUCUGCGUCUACGCGCUGCCUUGCUUCUGGAGGCAUACUGCCUGGCUGCAGGUGACAUGGUGGGGGUGCUGUUGAACCAAGUCAAUUCGUUGCAUGCCCUGGAUGAGGUGGCCACGGCAGCCGCCGACGGCAAACAAACGCAAAUGCAACGAUCAACUUUGCUGCAAGACCGCUUGCAAACCAGUGACUUGCACUUUCCGCUAACUAUGCCAUUCAACGUGGGCAUGGUGGCCAGCGGCAUUCAACCGCUCAACUGCCGCGUGAUGGACUCGAAGAAGAAACCACUGUGGCUCGAGUUGCAGAACGCCUCUGCUCCUCGGGAAACGUUCAAGGUGUUGUACAAGCGCGGUGAUGACAUUCGUCAAGACAUGCUGACGCUGCAGAUGCUGCGU